AUGACGCUUUCACAGGAGAUACAGGAGAAGUUGCAGCGGCAGGUGGAGUUCUACUUCAGCGAUGUCAACAUCCAGAGGGACGUCUUCCUGAAGGCCAAGAUGGCUGAGAAUGCGGAGGGCUUCGUCUCGUUAGAAACACUGCUGACAUUCAACCGCGUAAAUUCCCUCACGAAGGACGUCGCGGCACUCGCGGCGGCGCUGCGGCCGAGUGAGCAGUUAGUGCUGAGUGAGGACAGCCUCAGUGUGCGGCGCAAGCAGCCGCUGCCAGAGUCCAUACAGACGGACCACCAGACGGUCUACGUGAAGCCCGUGCCUCCCACCGCAACACUGGAGGAACUUAAGGCAUUCUUCAGUCAGUACGGUGCCGUGCAGGCGGUGUGGCGCCGCUACUUCCCAGGGAAGAAGGAUGCCGCGCCGGAGAGCCGCACAAAGCCGUCUGCGUUUGUAGUGUUCAGCACGAAGGAAGAGGCGGAGAAAUUCCAGGCGGCGCCACCGACCUACAACGAGGUGCAGCUCACCGCCGAGAUGAAGACGGCAUACCUCGAGCGGAAGGCGGAGGAGAUUGCGGCGAAGAACAAGGGUCGGAAGCGGCAGCAGAAUCAGCAGUCGGCGGACGGAGAGGCGGCGGACGUGAAGAAGUCGCCGUCGAUGCCGCUGAACAGCAGCUACCGCCUCGCUGGCUGUGGCACGAUUGAGACCUUCAGCAGCGUGAAGAGCCUGUGGCCUGUGGAAGAGCAGAAGGGUGUGCGCUACGUGUUCAUGCCGGACAAAGAGACGGCGCUGCUCAUCUUUCAGGACGCCGCGACGGGCGAGAAGAUGGUGGCCGAUCUCAAGGAGCGAGGCACGACGCACAACGGCCAACAGCCGGAGGUGCAGAAGCUCGAGGAGGAUGAGGAGAAGCAGCUGCUGGAGAAUGUUGAGAAGGAGAUCUCGGAUCGGGCGAAGAACCACACGCAGGGACGCGGCGGUCGUGGCGGACGCGGUGGUCGUGGAGGACGCGGUGGCCGCGGCAACGGACGUGGGCAGAAGCGCCCACGCGAUAAAAAGAAGUGA